UAUAUUCUAACCCAGCGACGUGGUUAAUGUUAUUAAAUUUAGCGCGUAAAUGGAACGUUUCUCUCUUUUAUCUCCAGACUGAACGUUCAACUCGCGUCACGUGGUGCGCGUUCCGUUCGAAAAGGGGGCGGGCGUUUGGGCGCCGAGCUCGCUCGCUGAUUGGCCGUUGGCUCGGCUCCGGGGCGCUGUGAUUGGUUCGUGUCGCGCACAUAGAGGCUCAUAGAGGCGCGGGCCUCGGAGACGAGCAUCAAUCUGCAUCCGUCAACACCGGAGCGGGACACAGCACGGUCAUAAAUAUAUAUACAUCAUAUAUGUUUUAUUUUUUUCUGCUGUGAAAUGUUUGUUUUGUAGUUCAGAAACUGGAGCUGCUGCUGAAGCUGCUUUGAAACAAACUUUCCUUCAUGUGGAUAUUUUUACGACUCUGGAUCUCUUUGCUUUGACAUUUACCGGAUUAAAAAGAUAAAGAAAAAAGAAAAAGAAAGAGGAGCCAGAAGGAGCGGACUCUAACACCAGGGACCUGAGCACCUUUACCAGGGAUCUGAGCAGCUAAACACCGGGACCUGAGCUCCUUUAUCCGGGUACUGAGCAGCUUUACCCGGGGACCCUGAGUCCAGACUCCGGUCUCCCCUCCGCGCUCCGAGCAUGAUGUCUUAUCUCAAGCAGGCCCCGUACGGGAUGAACGGACUGGGCCUGAGCGGAGCCGCCAUGGACCUGCUGCACCCGUCUGUGGGCUACCCGGGCAACCCGCGGAAGCAGCGCCGAGAGCGGACCACCUUCACCCGGACGCAGCUGGACAUCCUGGAGUCUCUGUUCGCCAAGACGCGCUACCCGGACAUCUUCAUGCGGGAGGAGGUGGCGCUGAAGAUCAACCUGCCGGAGUCCAGAGUGCAGGUCUGGUUCAAGAACCGGCGGGCAAAGUGUCGGCAGCAGCAGCAGAGCAGCAACAGCGCCAAGGUCAAACCCAUGAAGAAGAAGUCAUCCCCGGCCAGAGAGAGCACGGGCUCGGAGAGCAGCGGCCAGUUCACGCCGCCGGCGGUGUCCAGCUCCUCGUCCACGUCCUCCUCCACGUCCUCGUCCUCCUCCUCCGUCUCCUCCGCGUCCUCGGGCCUCGCCGCUCCCGGCCUGAUCAGCACGUCUACCUCCGUCACUGCACCGGUGUCUUCCAUCUGGAGCCCGGCGCCCAUCUCUCCGGCCCCGGCGCCGGUCACGUUGCCAGACGCCGCGGCCCCCACCAGCGCCUCCUGCAUGCAGCGCUCCGUGUCGUCCUCAGGUGGCGGUGGCGGCGGGACGCCGUCCUACCCGGUGUCCUACAGCCAGACGGCGGCAGCGUACGGCCAGGGCUACCCGGCCUCGGCGUCAGGCUCUUACUUUGGUGGCGUUGAGUGCGGCUCGUACCUAGCGCCCAUGCACUCCCACCACCACCCGCAUCACCCGCACCAGCUCAGCCCCAUGACGGGCGGCUCCAUGGCGGGCCACCCGCACCAUCACAUCGGGCAGACGUCGGGGCACCACCACCACCACCACACGCCGCACCACCACCAGGCGUACAGCGCGCCCGGCCUCGCCUUCAACUCCUCCGAGUGUCUGGAUUACAAAGAGCAGACGGCGGCGGCGGCGGCCUGGAAACUCAACUUCAACGCCUCCGACUGUUUGGACUACAAAGACCAGGCGUCGUGGCGCUUCCAGGUGCUGUGACCUCCCGCGUCCCUCCUCUUCUUCUCUGCUUACAAAGAAGUAUUCUUUCUGUUGUUGGUGGUUUUAUUUUUGAUGAACUGACCGUAGAGACACUUUCAGAGUUUAUUUGUGAGCGAACUGAAGCGACGGCGUCCGAUCAGAUCCGUCGACUCGUCCAGGAUUAUUUUUCUACUCCAGAACUCGAGAGAAACUGAAUCACUUACAACUCGUGAAGGCCUUUCAAAGUAAAAUUUCAGUGGAAGCUGCGAAAUUGUGCAGUCUGGGAUCAACAAACUAACUUCAACUUGACUCGGAUUAUUCUUCAAAUAAAUGACACAAAAAAAUUAAUAAAUCAUGAAUUAGACUGUUGAGUGGGCUUUUCCUUUUGUUCAUAAACACGAUGCUGCUAUGAUUUUCAGGUUGCUGAUGUUCAUUUUGUAUCUGAUGAUCCUGUCCGUGCAGCCUGGGGGGUGUGUUGUAUUUGGGAGAAUUGAAUCGCAGCACUUGUUUAUAAGGUGAAAGAUUUUUGCUAUUUGUUCUUUUGCGGAGGAGAGAAAAUUUAAAAAAUGUGAAAUUUAGACACGCAAUGUCAGUAUUCCAUUGAAAUUUGAAAGAUGUACAUUCGUGUCUUUAUAAUAAAGUCUUGUAAAAACA